AUGGCCAGUUCGAAGAUCACCAAACGAGCCAGGGCAAACACUGCGGGUGAUACUCACCUUCAGCUUGUUGAAGCCUCGGCCAGUCAAGUCCACAUCAAUGAAGCCAUCAGUGAGGAUGUGUCAGUUCCCUCAACCAAAGAAAUGAUCAAGCUCAAGGCCGAAGGUCUGGCAGAGCUUCUCCACAAAGCUGCCACGCUUCACCCCGAUGUCAACGAUAUGGUGACAGCAGCCAUUAACAGCGUGAUGGAGGAACGGAAAAACCGCGUUAUCAACUUUGAUCAGUAUUCCAAGGAAAUCUGGUCCGAGAUCAACGUCCGACACAGUUCCAAAAAGGGCUCUAAGCAAUAUGACAUUUCAUUUGACGUGGCUAGCGAAGUAAGCUCCACUAUCAGCCGUAUCGCCAACCAAUGCACCGAAUUCCCAAAUCCUAGGACUCGACUCAAUGGAAUAGAAACACUCCGCAAAAUUGGGAAGACAAUUUGCCUUUCGUCGAAUGAUACCUUGGGUCACGAAGUACAAAAGCAGUUCCAGUCGGAUCCAAGUCUGGAAAAUGCUAUGCACGAUAUUGUAUCCGAGAUGUCACCCGAGGAAAGAGAGAUCUUAUUAAGCGGGCCUCUUUGGCAGAAACUGGAGGAACUCCAGCAGCUUGCGGAUGAUUAUUGCGUAUUUGAGGGCCUCCAUACCGUCAUGGACCUGAUUCAAGGCGAAGGAGGCAAUGUCGAACACGAAACCCACGAUGAGGGUGAGAGUGAUGACGAUGAUGAGGAUGAUGAUGAGGACGAUGAUGAGGAUGACUUUGGUGAGGAGGAUGAAUACGGGGUCACUGGUGAUGAGCACGAUAUCUGCUAG